UAUUUGAAAAGCACGUGGUGGGAUUUCAAAAUGACCGUUACAAAAUAUGACGUUCGCUAACGCCUUGUAACGCCUUCACAUUACCAGAGAAAGGAGAAACUCGUGCACAAAGCAGAAUGCACAAGAAAGGCUAGAAACCAAAACAAACCCCUCGUGUCCGUUCCAAAAUGAGCUUCAACUCACCCGCCCCCAACAAAACACCUGAAGAACCGGUUUUACGCAUGAAAAAGCACGCGGCGUUCAAGACGGCGAUCAAGUCGGCGAUCGGCGCGAAAAGAAGGCUUUCGAAGACGGAGAGAAAGCUACGCACGCCAUACACCACCUCGAUCGAGAUGGCGGGAAAGAGAGAGAGACAGAGAGGCACAGAGAGAAACUGAGAGUUAAGAGAGCCUAACCGGUACGGAAUCUGACCACGCAGAGGUGACUCAGACUGGUGUAGCUGAGACUCGCGAGUCAAACUUCAAGAAAGGUGGAUCGUGUGACGAACGCUCCGUCAUCUGGUCCCGGUUUGGUUGGGUCAAAACAAUAGUGAAUUUGUGCAGAGUGUACAGUGUGCGUCGUGUUGUGGCUCGGUACCGAUUACAUAAAUGUGAAGCAAUAACCGGGGCUUUUUGCAGACAAGAAAAGGCAGUAGUAUGAAGAACUCGAUCAAAUAUGAGUCGAGAGCUUCAGCGCGAUCGUUGUUGGUGUUGCUGGCUAUGCUGGUGCUCGCUGCUGUAGAUGAAGCUCGUGCCUUAAACCUGGUGGCGCAUAUCUCACAGCGAGGCUUACAUGGUGAGAUUUCCUUCUCUCAGCACAACGAGCGGCAAGUGCUGAUUGCAUCGGAACUCGAGACAACGCUGCAGUAUCCGGAACAGGCGUGGAGCUGGGGAAUCUAUCAACUUCCGGUCGACUAUACGAUCGUCGAUCCGCAAGAGCGUUGCCAGAUCGCGCGCUUGGGCGAACAACUGUGGUCGUUCGACGAUGAUUUGGGCUAUCUGAUGCUACCCGGCAAUGAAUCGACUACUUGGCUGAACGAUAUCUCACUCACCGGCGAAAAAGGCCUCUGGGGGAAAUCGCUUGUGCUGUACGAUCCGGCCGCUAACGUACGGAUCUGCGCGACGAUAGUGACGCGCGAUGGAUCGCAGGAUCACCUGGCGGAGGCACGCUUCACCAGCCCCAUCACGGGUUCGAUCUACUUCCGGUGGUUGGCUGCGAAGGAGUCGAACCACUCGGACACGCUGAUCCACUCGAACCUGUUCCACAUACGCGAACAGUCGCGCAAGAUGGGCAGCCCGGCGUACACCGAGCACAUGUGGAAGAUUUACGUGACGGACAUCUUCGAGAGUGACGCCCAGAAUGCGGAGGAAAACUGCAACAAGCUGCAGCUGGUGUUUGAUCCACAAAAUCGAGGUGCUGGCAAUGCGAUAGGCGAUAUCGAUGGACGGGUGGGACAGCUACGCAUUACGACGAAUGCACGGGAGAAGCAGUAUCCGCAGCUAUUUCACGACCAUCAGCUUGUGCUGCUGCCUAGCGAUCUUUAUGGGCCGUCGCGCAAGCUGUAUGUGGUCGUGUUUGAUCCGAGCCAUCCGGAUACGUUCCUGGCGUGUGCUAAGAUUCGCCACCAGAAACCGAAAACUGCGCGUGUGCUCGUCGAUGGAGGUGGAAUGCGUGGUGAAAUGCGCUUCACACAACGAUCCCGCUUCGAACCAACGUGGAUACAGGCCAACUUCGGGGCGACUGGUAAUGAGUCUGAUGCGAACAUAAACUACGCCAAAGAUGUGUCUAGUUUCCGCAUCAAUCAGCUUCCACUGGAGGCAUACGCUAGCCCGGAGCAACGGUACUGUUUGACUGGUGGUGGCACCUUCAAUCCGAUGGGCAUCGAAGAUAAAGCUAUUCCUCCGGCAGGGUAUGGAACGCAGGAUCAGUAUCCGGUGGGAGAUCUGAGUGGGAAGUUGUUGAACAGGAACAAAAAAGAGUCGCAUUCCUUUUAUCUGCCUGGUGCGAGUUCCGAACUGUCCGGUACGUACUGGGACACGUUUCUACCGCUGCAAGGACCGAACGCGAUCACAUUCCGUAGCUUCUCGGUGCAGCGAUACAAUCGAACAGAACCGACAAACAUUACCGAGUCACCAUGGGCCUGCGGUACUGUGGCACUGUACGAGUUUAACCGGCCGUACCAAGUGCCGAUCCUGACGGCACAGGUACUGUUCCGCUAUCCGAUCGUAGGCCGCAUACUGUUCCGACAGGCGAAGGAUGAGCACUGGACCGAAACUGCGGUCAUCUUCGAGUAUUUGAUCCAUGCGGAUGGGUCAAAGGUGAACCGGACAGCCGACCAUCGGUGGGCUAUCGCGGAUGAUGCUCCCGGGAAGGAUUUCUACGACUGGCAGAACCGAUGCGUUAGUGCUGGUGGUGUUUACAAUCCUUUUAAGGCGGCCCCUUUGAUGGGGAAAGGAUGGGACGAGAUUUGUACCGGGUCUUCGGUGGAUUUAUGUCGGGUGGGAGACCUUUCGAACAGGCUGGGACCUUUGGCAAUAGCUGGACAUAAGCGCGAGGCAGCAACGAUUAGCAGAAAAAUGUUUAUCGAUUUGAAUCUUCCGUUGAGUGGGCCUGCCGCAAUUAUAGGCCGCUCGGUAGUGAUCUACGACGAUAAUGGCCCUAAAGCGCGUGGUGAACGACUCGCUUGUUCGAUUAUUGGAGGGUAUCAUCGUCGAAAGGUGGUCGCAAGAGAUUGGUACUCGAACGGUGAUCCGCUGACAAUCAAGGGCAAGCUGGAGCUGGUGCAGCAAUCAGAGUACGAUCUUACCAACGCAGAAGUCGACUUCAAGGGGCUGGAUAAAAACAGUGGCUAUCACGUUCAUGUUGCUCCUGUCGAAGGUGAUCUCGAGUUCCCCUGUGAAGAUUCAACCGUGUACGGGCACUGGAAUCCGAGGGACGUCGACCCAAAACGUUCGCCUCCACCAGCGUUGGGCAGUACCGAUGAGUACGAGCUGGGGGAUCUGAGUGGCAAGUUUGGAACUCUCGAUGGUGUAACAAUGUUCGAGCAGACGUACAACGAUACCCGGCUACCGUUGUUUGGAUACGAAAGCAUUAUCGGUCGUUCAAUUGUGGUGCACAAGAAGGAGAAGAAUCGCCGAUGGGCCUGCAGCACGCUGGAGCGUGGCUAUAGCCCUAACGAGGCUCGUGAGAUACGGGCCAUUGCAUCGUUCCACCAUCCGGCAGGGUACGCUUACGGGUACAUUCGGCUAACGCAGCUGAUCGGUAAUGAUAACAGCCAGAGCGAUACGAUCAUCGAGGUGAAGUUGCGUUAUCCGGGAAAGCAUGAUCGUAACGUGACGCAUAACCACAAUUGGAACGUAUGGGUAAACCCGGUCGGUGUAGAUGCGACCGUUAAGCAGGUUGAAACGCGUUGUGUUGCUGCCGGGUACGUGUGGAAUCCUUACUACACGCAGCUAGCAGAUCCAUUGAAUCAAGAGCUGUACAAGCAAGAGUGUGGUCCGGACAAUCCGUUGCGCUGCUACGUUGGGGAUGUGUCGGCCCGCCUUGGACCCAUCUCAAUCGGUAGCCGCCGGCAGGUCUUUACGGACAGUAAUUUCCCGCUGGAAGGCACCGUCAGCGCACUGGGACGCUCGAUCGUAAUCUUCGGGGCGGAUUUCUCAGGCUUCCGAUUCGCGUGCGCCAACAUCGAACCCGACCACGACAUUGUGAAGUACAUUAACCUCAAGAAGCCGCCCCGCUUUGUGGUGGCACAGUUUCUCGAGGAUGUGCGGCACGUGAUGGGGCUGCCCGAAUGGAUGCUGGCGAUCGAUUCGCGCAGCACGAAAACGCUACACAACGAUGCCUGCAUACAGAUGAUCGUGCACUUCAAAGGGCCGAGUGCGCACAAAAUAGAGCAAGACUUUUCGCGACUGCUGGCGGUCGGUCGGCUCGACUCGCCCAGCAUCUACAUCCCCGGGUACGACAAUAGCAAGCGCAAGCGAACGCUGUCCUACCGUACGUGCGGGGUGCGCGACCCGACCGAAAAGAGUGUUAAGGUGCUGUUUGGCAGUAGCGGUGCGAUGCGCCAUUCGCCGACGGUUGGGGUAGUUGGGGCGCUAGUGUUACCAUUUGUGAGAUUAUUUACACGAUUUACGCUUUAGUUGCUUUAGAUCUCCGUAGGCUGUACAUGUUCCUUUACGCUCUGAAAUGAUUGCCUCCGAUCAGAAGUAUUAAAAUAAAUGUGUUGUAGUUCUUCAGGAUCGUUGAUCUA